AUGGUCACUUGGAAAACCAGAGCAUCUUCGGAAGGAAAUGGAGAGAUAUCAAUGCGAAAUAUUAGGCUUAACAGAGAUAAGUUUGACAGCAUCGGAAAACUGAAUUGUAGUGAAGUCAUCUGGUCGGGAAAUGAUACAAAGCAUGAAGCUGGUGUUGGAUUUCUGCUUAGUAAAAUAGCACGAGUAGAAUUAUUAGGAUACAAUCCAGUUAGUGCAAGAUUGAUGAUGGCAAGGUUUGAAGCAAAGCCAUUUAAUAUAUCAGUAAAACCAGAUGACAUAGUUAUCAUUGAAGAAAGUGAAGAAACCAGAGAAAAUAUACAUUUGCUUAAUGAAGAAGGAAAAAGAUAUGGACUGACUGUCAAUAGCGAAAAACUAAGACAAUGA